AUGCCUCAUUCAACCGUCGAUGACGAGCGCGCGAGCUCUACUGUCGCCCAGCCGCCCGCUCGAGAGGAUGCCGUCCAGCAGCCCCCUACUCAAGAUCAAGAGGCUGCGGCACAAGGCCCUCGCUCGUCAAGGCCAUUAGUGAACGGCGGCUCUCCCACACCCCAGAUACCCCGGAGCAUUCGCGUGUCUUCACCCACCGAAAGUACUUCAAAUAAUGUGCAAAACCCACAGUAUGCCACAUACCCUGCGCCUCCACCGCCGCCUCGGCCUCAAUUUGCAACCUUGUAUAGCCCUUCUCAAAGUACAGCUGCAAACACGUUUCCAACCUCUCAAAGUACAGCUGCAAAUGCGUCUCUACCCCAGGCUCAAAGUACAACUGCGAAUACGUCUUACUCCCAGUCUCAUGCCCUCUUCGUGGAACUAUUACCGGCGGACAGCGGCCAGAACAACCAGAAAUUCCAAGGCUACAUUGCCUGCGACCAUAAUAAGCCCGCUCGCCUGGAGCUUGUUGACCUCAACAGCCUGAAAGACCCCGCGAACACAACUUACCUUUCCUCUGACGACUCGUCUGACGCCAGUGAGGCCUCGACGGUAGUGGGCAUAGAGAAGGACGGCAAGGGCAAGAGCACCGGCAAGAGCAACGGCAAGAGCAAUGGCAAGAGCAAGGGCAGGUGCGAGGAAGACCACAAGGGCAAGAAAAAGUACGACAACGAAGAUGACAACGACGAUAAGGGCAUGCGCAAGGACAAGACCCGUCCGGACACUUCUCGUCCAGAUGUGCCUCCCUCAGAUAAGCCUCGUCCAGCUGCGCCCCGUCCAGACACACCUCAUCAAGACGUGCCCGACGACAAAAACCCCCAGUCCACCCGUCAGUACAUCCGGGAGCACUUCGGUCAGCCCGUCGUUUCUCAGCCCUACCUCAAAGGCCUCAAAGGCCACAAAAGAGUCCACUCCAACCUUAAGGACGAGCAAAGAGUCCAGCUCGACCUCACAGGCAAGAAAAGAGUCUACUUUAAAGACCAAAACACAGCCAAACAACCUGCGCCUUCCUCUCCAUGGGUUGGCUUAGCUUCUGUACCGCAGAAUACGUGGGCUCUAGACCGCUAUCCGUCCCCGGACGAGUACCCUGCUCGUACUAGGUCAAGUGCAGAAUACGCAGUCUACGACGACGAAGACCGCGACGGAUUCUACUAUGGCCCAGCUCACGACUCAAGCUCAAUGCGGCUUCGGUACUCAAACGAAGAAGAAGAAGAGCAUCUGACCAACUUUGAGAGGAUCAUGCAGCAUAACGUUACCGCUAUGGCUGGUGAGGUAGCGUAUAUAGGGGCUUCUGUGCGCAACAUGGAGAACACAUUGAGACGAUGGGAGGACGCAAGCAACGCACGGAAGAACGGGAUCUUCCCCCCUACACACCAGGGGCAGCUGCCCCCGAGUGCCAUCCCUCACGACGUCUUGCCGCCCCGGCCUGCGUGCAUGCCAGUUGAACAGCAACGUCUGCGAGUAUCAGAGGCGCCCGCAGGGCCACCCGAUGCCCAGAACUCGUCACGAAGGCCCUCAUAUCAGCCAAUGACGCCAUCUCCACACUCGAGUCAAGUGGGCUACCGACAGACAACGGAGGAGACGAUGACAGCGGAGAGGACGACGCCAACGGACGACGGUGCUGGAUAUCGGAUCCGUCAGACGACGACGACGCCAACGGACGAUGGUGCUGGAUAUCGGAUCCCUCGGACGACGACGACGAUGGACGACGGUGCUGGACGUCGGGGCCCUCAGACCAACGAAGAACCUGGACCUGGGCCCCUUGGGACCACUGGGAAUGUGAUCUUUGGUCUCGUAGCUACUGCCUGGAUUUGCAUGACUGUCAUGAGCUGUCGCCGAUGGCGAUGA